GUUAUAUCUCUAGACACGCCUGUAUUGCCAGUCAAGCAGUGGGAAGAACAUGUAAAGCUACGUGAAAUGGUGGAAAAGAUAAGAAAAAGACAAGCUGGGCAGUCACUCUUUGAAAUGUCAGAUCAAUACAGAAGAGACCACAUAUCAAGUUUUACUCAGUGGUUCAAUGAAAAUGGAGGAGUAGCAAAACAAGUGGUUAUUGAUGACUUUGGCCAUCAAGGGUUAGGUCUUAAAGCUGUCAGUGAAAUUAAGGAAGGACAACAUUUUAUCACCAUACCAAGAAAACUGAUGAUGUCGGCAGAGAGUGCUAGAAAUUCCGAUUUAGGACCAUUGAUUGAAAAGGACAACAUUCUGAAGGUGAUGCAAAAUGCCUGCCUAGUACUUCAUGUAUACUGUGAAAAGCUGAAGGAGAACUCAUUUUGGAAACCAUAUCUUGAUAUUCUCCCAACAUCAUAUUCAACAACCUUGUACUUCAGUGUUGAUGAGAUGCAGACAUUGAAAGGUUCUCCAGCAUUUGGUGAAUCUCUUAAACUGUACAGAAAUAUUGCGCGACAGUAUUCUUAUCUCUACCAACGUCUUCAUCAGGUUUGUCCAGAAACGGCCAAGCUCCCACUUAGAAGACAUUUUACUUUUGAUGAUCACAGGUGGGCAGUGUCAACUGUCACUACUCGACAAAAUAAGAUCCCAAGCACCACAGGUGAACCAACUCUGGCGCUUAUUCCAAUGUGGGACAUGUGUAACCACUGUAAUGGCACGAUAACGACUGGUUAUGAUUUAGCUGAAGACAGCUGCAAAAGUAUGUCCGUGAGGGACUUUCAUGCAGGUGAAGAAGUGUGCAUUUUUUAUGGAGAACGUUCCAAUGGGGAUCUGUUGGUCCAUAAUGGGUUUGUGUUUGAAGAAAACGCCCACGAUAAGGUCUCCAUCCAGCUUGGCGUCAGUAAGAGUGAUCCAUUAUUCCAGAUGAAGGAAAGACUACUCGCUUCUAUGGGAAUGACAGCGUCAAGUCAUUCGUUUCCAGUGAGUCAUGGAGAAAGACCAUUCGACUCUGAAUUGGUCACCUUUUUGAGAAUCUUUUCUAUGACCGAAGAUGAGUUAAAAGAGUGGCUUAAAAAAGCGAGUGAAGACACCAAUGAAUUAAAGAAACUUUCAGGAGUACAAACCUUCGUUAAGGAAGAGACUGAAAACAAGGGUUGGCAGUUUCUGGAAACACGUCUGACCUUACUCCUUAAACAGUACAACACUGCGGACUCGGAAGACUGUGAGUUACUUGAGAAUCCUGAAUUCCCACCCCACAAAAAACUGUGCAUCCGGUUGAAACGAGCCGAAAAGAAAGUGUUGCAAAAUGCACUGAAACAUGCUGCCGCCACAAGGAGCAAAAUCAAAGACUCGUAUGAAGAGCGCGAUUUGGAUUGUGAUGAUCAGAACACAAAUGGUCAUAAUGAUAAAAGUUGCACAGAGGAGAACACAAGCAACAUGGUGGACGCAACAAUAUCUGCGGUGGAUCAACUUUGUGUUCAGUAACAAGGAGAAUGUCUCAGUGACAAUGGUAAUGGCGUCAGCAAAAUUUCAUCUUCAGUGUUUUGUUCAAAAUCCUAUAUUCCUUACUAACUGAAGAGACAAGGGAAAGGACGGUCUGGAUAAGGUUCAGCUGAAUCGAAUAUUCUUGACCAUUGUCUUAGAUGGGUAUUCAUAUGAGUUGAAGCUGUUUUUGUUGCCAACAAUCACGUUUCAAAAAUCGACAUUUUCACACCGAAACUCCAUACUGUCUGCCGUACCAAUGUUAGUAUGGAGAGUUUGGUACUGGAUCAACCCCUAAAUUAUAUUUUUCUUUAUUCUCAUUACUUUUCUACUUGAUAUUGUAUUUACUUUGUAAGGAAAUAUUCUAUCUUGGUCACUCUUGGGAGUUAAGGGGUUAAGAAGUAGCUACGACGCGCAGAGACGCAUGUGUAGAUUUUAUACUCUGUGUACCUUCGUUUUUAUGCGGCCAACUCAGGCCAAGGAAAGAAUUCUAUAGGCGUUUUACCCCACAGUGGAGCAAAAGCAACUAGACCCUUCCGGGUUCAGCAAAAGAUAACACACAGAAAUGAAUUCUUAAUGCUUUAAUUGGUUAUACAAAGGAACAACUUUUAAAACAAUGAAAUUUGUUAGUAGGAUAAGUAGGUUGUUAAAUAUAUAUUGGCAGCGCAUCACGUCGUUAGAAGGUUAGUCGAACAAGGUCUGAUAAUGUUCGACCAUAAAUAUAUUAAAAUACAUGUCAGUUCUUAAUCUUGCUAACUGCCGUAAGUAAA